GUUUGUCCAUCUCAAAAAUCGGUGAAAAUUUUGACAAUCGGUAACAUUGUCAUAAAAAAUUACAAUAAUCGUUUAAUUAGUAUACGAAAACUGCUUUUAUGUAAAAUCAUUAAUUUCUAAAUCCAUCGAAAGGAAUAUAAAAACUUCGUUUAACCAAUUGAAAUACAUUGUAAUGGUUUUAAAAUAAACAAUAGAGAAAAAGUGCACGAACAAAAUGAAUGCGACGCGCCAACCUUGCAUUUGCCAGCAUUUAACGGCGGAACAUUUCACUUUGUUGGAUAUUAAACAGCAUAAUACGCUAUAUAAAUGUGCCAAUUGCCAGUAUUCCGGACCAAAUUUAUGGAUUUGUUUGCAUCAAAAAUGCCUUCAAGUCGGUUGUUCUGAACAAGUUAAAGAUCACAGUACAAAGCAUUUCGAGAAUAGUAUAAAUCAUGAUUUGCAUUGUGUACAAUUAAAUUUGUCAUCGCAGCGUGCUUGGUGUUAUUUGUGCGAACGUGAAGUCUCAUUGGAUGGAGCAUCUAGACCCGCUCAUGUUGGCGAUCCUCCAACAGUUAAGUCAAUACAUGCUUCUGAUGACGAUGAAAGUUCUGAUUUUGAGUGUUCUUAUGGCAUGGGUACGGGAUUGGUAGGUUUGCAGAAUAUAGCGAAUACCUGCUACAUGAAUUCGGCUCUACAAGCGCUAAGCAAUAUUUUUCCAAUGACUCAUUACUUUUUGAAUUGCGGCGAUUUGGUAGAUCAUAUAAUUGAACAAGGCCAAUCGCGCUGUAGGGUCGGACUAGCCAAGAGCUAUCAACGUUUAAUUUGCGACAUGUGGCGCAAGCGAGACAAUAGUAAAGGUUACGUAGCGCCACGCAGUAUAUUAUAUGGCAUACGUAGUGUACACCCUAUGUUUCGAGGCUUUCAGCAACAUGAUACUCAAGAAUUUUUAAGGUGCUUCAUGGAUCAACUGCAUGAGGAACUGAAAGAGCAAAUUAGUAGCAAUUCGAGGAUAUGUGCGACUAAAAACGGUAGUGUCAAUUUAAAUGCGACAGAACAACACGAAAAGGACGAAGAUUGCACGUCGGAAUUAAGUUCUUCUUCAUCUUCAGCGGAAAGUGAUUUUAUUACAUGCGACAGUUCCAUGUCUGAGCCGCCUAAUGAAGAAAACAACCCAUCCUCACCUACUACCACAGUACCGAAUAACACCCAUAUUACCUCCAAUGCAACCACAUGUGUAGUAACACGUUCCAUAAUAAGCGAUAUAUUCGAUGGUAAACUUUUAUCUUCGGUACAAUGCCUUACCUGUGAUCGAAUAUCAACAAGAGAAGAAACAUUCCAAGACCUUUCCUUACCUAUACCGAAUCGCGAUUUCUUAACGGUUUUGCAUCAAGCACACAGCAUUAGUGUUCAAAGCCUCAAUUCUAUUGAUUCGGCGAGUUCAAGUCGAACUAAUGAAAGCUGGUUGUCGUGGCUUUGGAGUUUGUUUCGAUCUUGGCUGUGGGGGCCUUCGGUCACCUUGUAUGACUGCAUGGCGAAUUUUUUCAGUGCUGACGAAUUGAAAGGCGAUAACAUGUACAGUUGCGAAAAGUGCAAUAAACUGAGAACAGGUGUCAAAUAUUCCCGUGUGCUCGACUUACCGGAAGUGCUGUGCAUACAUUUGAAGCGUUUCCGUCAUGACUUGUCUUACAGUUCGAAAAUUUCCUCACAUGUAGAAUUUCCUCUUGAAGCUUUUGACUUGCGACCCUAUUUGCAUAAAGAUUGUAAAUCCCAAGUGUCGCUUUAUAAUCUCGUCUCUGUUAUAUGCCAUCAUGGUACUGUUGGCGGUGGGCAUUACACAUGUUUUGCACGCAAUGCGCUCACUGAUCAUUGGUACGAGUUUGAUGAUUAUCACGUGAAAGAAGUAACGGCAGAUGAUGUUCGUAAUUGUCAAGCCUAUGUUCUGUUUUAUCAUAAACAUAAUCCGCAAAUGGAGUUGUUGCGUUUCGAAGCGAACGUUUUGGCCGCCUCUUUCCCCGCCUCUCAAGCAGAUUUACGUUUUUAUAUAUCACGUGAAUGGUUGGCGCGUUUUAAUACAUUCUCCGAACCAGGACCGAUUAAUAAUUGGACCAUUUUGUGUCCCCAUGGAGGUGUUUUACCAUCCAAAACAGACAUCAUGUCAAAGUUGGCAAUACCUUUGUCGCAACAAUUGUGGGAAUUGCUUCAAAGUAAAUUUGGUGGUGGGCCAGCUAUUAAUGUGUUGUUUGAAUGUGAAAAUUGUAAACGCACGGCGGAAAUGCUUACAAGACGUCAAUGCUAUGAGCAGACAGUGUUUACACGAUGUAGCGACGCCGAAUUAGAUUCAUCAGCCAUUUAUGCUAUUUCUAUGGGUUGGCUACGUAAGUGGCAGCAAUUUGCCCGAGGCCUGACACAUAAGGAGCCAGGACCUAUUAAUAACACUAACAUUAUUGUAGCGUCCGGCAAUGAAUUAAGUCAAAAAUUUUCACCAGUACGUGGCGUACGUCUAGGCUCAGAUUAUGCCCAAUUGAAUGCUUCACUUUGGCAUUUCUUACACGGCAUAUAUGGUGGAGGGCCUGAAGUAUUGCUACGACCGCCACUUGCCGAAGAGAUUGAAAUUGUCGACGAAGACGAAUUAGAGGAAAGUAGUGGUCUGGGUACAAAUAUAUCGGAUACCGAGAGCAACAUUGGAUAUCAGGGGUAUGCCAAGUCAAGUCCUGAUGUAGCGGAUAAAUUAAACCACGGACAAAAUAAUAUAUGCAAAGAACAACAGCCACAACAAAAACAUUGCGCGAAGAAUUUAGACCAAAAGUUACAGGAGAUAAGUAGAGUUCAAACGAAAAGAGCUGAGAGAAUUAAAAAAUCCAUCAAAACCAAAACCUUAAGUAAUAACAUUCGCAAGAAAGGCAAAAUUAAACGCACAGAUUUACGUCAUGCGGAUCUAUUUGGAGCCAAAGGUAAUUAUAUAAGCAAAGACAGAGAAAGUGUUACGCAUUCCUUUAAAGAGGGACAACCCGGAGCAAGUUUUGCAUAUAAAGCAAAAAAUGUAUACAAUGCUAGCGAUGAAAAUCCAAAUGAGACAUUUGCCAAAUUCACUUCGACACCAUUCCCCGCCAAUGCAGUUCGGUCAGAUAAAUCUUUAGCUGACAUAAAAGGGACGCCAGAAAAAGAGGAUAGCGUGGCAGAUAAACCCUAUUUUGAAAAAUAUGGAAAAACCAAAAAUUCAGUUAUUUUGAAAAAGUUCCAACUGUUAAAUGAUAUAAACAAUGGAUUCAAUGAAACUGACGUUUAAAUAGAUACCUGAAAGCUGCAUGUGCAUAUCGUAUUUGUCUAAACAAUUGAUUGUAAUUUCUUAUUAAACAAUAACUAUUGUAUAUGUUUUAGAACAAUUGAAGAUAUGGGUAGAGG